CCACAUAAGGCCCAUAGACGAGCCCCCCCGAAGCGGCGCCCGGUGAGUGCUGGAACGCGCGACACACUCCAUGAUGGCCGCAGCGGCGGGACCCAACACAAGUAAUUUUGCUCAAAGUUCCGCUUUUGCCGACGCCGUACAGCGCGCCAGACAGAUUGCUGCUAAGAUCCAGCCAACGGGACAGAAGAGACCACUGGAAGAGGCUGAGAGUGGGAUGGAUCGCGUGCCUGGCUUGCUGCUCCCAGGUCCCGACGCCAAGCGACCUCCGGGAGGCGGCGGCGGCGGCGGGAACGCUGGCGGCGGUGGCCCCGGCGGACCCGGUGCUGGGGGUCCUGGUGGGGGCCCCGGCGGAGGAGGAGAACCCGGCGGCUUCAUGGGGGGCCCCCUGAUGGGUGGCCCCGGCGGUCCUGGAGGUCCUGGCGGUCCCGGCGGCCCCGGUGGUCCCCCCGGAGGCGGGGGCCCCCCAGGGGGCGGAGGGGGCCCACACAGGGGUCUGGGCUCCGUGGAGUCUGAUGAAAUACAAGUCCCAGAUAAGAUGGUCGGCCUGAUCAUAGGGCGCGGCGGGGAGCAGAUCACACGCCUCCAGAGGGAAUCCGGGGCCAAGAUACAGAUGGCCCAGGACAGCGGGGGCAUGCCGGACCGCGUGUGUACUGUCUCUGGACCAAGAGACGCGAUCAACCGAGCCAAGGAGAUGAUCUUUGAGAUAGUGUCACGCGGGGACGGACCCCAGGACAGGCGGGGCCGCGGCGGCAUGGGUGGCGGUGGCGGCGGCGGGGGACCCAUGGGACCCCCGGGCAUGGACAUGGGCGGCAACAGCACCACUGUGGAGAUCAGUAUUCCAGGGCCCAAGGUUGGCCUCAUAAUUGGCAAGGGAGGCGAGACCAUCAAGCAGCUACAGGAGAAGUCUGGUGCCAAGAUGGUGAUCAUCCAAGACGGCCCUCAGCAGGAGAAUGAGAAGCCACUGCGCAUCUCAGGGGAACAGCACAAGGUUGACAUGGCAAAACAACUCGUGUACGACCUCAUAGCAGAGAAGGAGACGCAGGCCGCCCAGUUCGGCAACAGAGGGCGAGGGCGGGGCGGCGGCGGCAACUUUGGCGACCGCAGGGGAGACCGGGGCGACCGAGGGGACCGGGACCGCAGAGACCGAGACAGAGACAGAGACGAGUUUGGGGGCGGCGAUGAGAGGUUCCCUCCUCCCCAGGACCACUUUGGCGGCGGCGGCCGGGGCGGUGGACGUGGCGGCUUCAACAAUGACUGGAGUCGAGGCGGUCCUGGCGGCCCCCCUGGAGGACCCAUGGGCCGUGGUGGCUUUGGCCCCGGUGGACCUGGGGGGCCGGGAGGACCUGGGGGCAUGGGCGGACCGGGUGGACCAGGGGGACCAAUGGGUCGCGGUGGGCCGAUGGGGGGACCCAUGGGAGGGGGACCAAUGGGUCGUGGCGGGCCAAUGGGGGGCCCUAUGGGGGGUGGCGGCGGUGGCGGUGGCGGCCGAGGGGGACCCAACGACAAGGUGGAGGCCUUCUUCAAUGUCCCGGCUAAUAAGUGCGGCCUCGUGAUCGGCAAAGGCGGGGAGACCAUCCGUACCAUCAACCAGCAGACAGGUGCACACUGCGAGCUCGACCGCCGGCCUCCCAACAACCCCAACGAGAAGACCUUCAUCAUCCGCGGCACGCCCGACCAGAUCGACGACGCCAAAAAGAUGAUCGCAGAAAAGGCAGGCAUGGGUGGCGGUGGACCAGGGCAGAACGGCACCAGUAACCUCGCACCACAGGGCUGGGGGAACGCGUACCAGCAGUGGAACCAGGGACACCCCAACGACCCCACCAAGCAAGCAGCGGAUGCCAACGCAGCAGCCUGGGCAGCCUACUACUCCCAGUACUACGGCAACAGUCAGAACCAGAACGCCCAGAACAGCGGGCCGCCCACCUCACAGCCACAGCCCAACGCCACACAGCACCCCACCGCACCCCAGGCUGCUGAAGACAUGAGCGUUGACCUCCCCGGGCCACGGGAGCCUCCGCCGGGGCAGCCCCAGCCUCCUGGCAUGACUCCACUCAGCUCUGGGGACAAACAAAAGAGGGGCGGACAGCCGGACUACUCUGCCCAGUGGGCCGACUACUACAGGAGUAUGGGCAUGCACCGAGAGGCUGAGGCCAUCGAGCAGCAGGCCAAGAACAUGAAGGUGGGGGGACCAGGAGGACCCACUGCAGCACCUCAACAGGGCGGGGCCGUGCAGGGGGCCGCCCCGGGUGGACCAGGUGCUGGUGGGGGCACGGGGGCGCAGGACUACUCGCAGCAGUGGAUAGAGUACUACCGCUCGCAGGGCAUGCACGCCGAGGCAGACAAGAUCGAGGCGCAGAUCAAGGCAUCCAAGGGAGCAGUGGGUGGGGUGCCGGCGGCCCCCAGUGGCCCGCACCCGCUUCGAGGAGCAGCUCCAGGAACCGCACCGGCGCCUGUUGCGGUGGCGGUGGGCGCGGCCCCCCAGCUGGCCCCCGGGGUGGCGGCCAUGGCGGUCAACGGGCAGGGUGGCGGCGGCGGUGGCCCCGGCCAGCAGCCAGGUGGCGCCGGCGGGGGUGACUUCUCCCAACAGUGGCUUGAGUACUACCGCUCUCAGGGUAUGCACGCUGAGGCUGAUAAAAUUGAGCAGCAAAUUAAGGCUGCCAAGGGAGGAGCUGGAGGCCCACCAGGAGGAGGUCCCGGGGCUCCCAUGUAUAAUCCUACGUUUAAUCAGGGAUAUUAGGCUAAUGUAGACACAUCACGCUGGAAGUGGCUGCUUCUCUCCUCCAACAUGCAGACCCAUUUGUUGUUGCCUUGAAUGAAGACUUCAGUUGUGGGUUGUUGGCCUCAAAAUGUAUCAUGUUGCGAUAUCUUAUUCGUGAUGUCAUGAGUCAUGAUGAUGAUGAUGAUGAUGAUGAUGUUCUUCGAUAUGAAAUGCUAUUCAUAAGGAUGGUAUGAAGCUGCUCCAUACUGCAAGAUGUACCAUGAUUUUUGUCACCAUAUCUCCCAUUGAUAACUAUGAUUAUUAUUAUUAUCAUUCUUAUUAUUCUUAUUAUUAUUACCACCACCACUACAACUACCACUAUCAUCAUCAGGAGUAAGUGUAGGAAAGGUUCUUGUUAAACGAGUAAAUUUUUUUUUCUAUGACGUCUUGUAAAUAUACCACACAGAGUUACUCUUUCUAUGAUUACGGCUAGAGUGAGGAGGUUCACCUUGUACAAUAAGAGUGUAGGCUAGAGUUGUGCUGCCGGGGGAACAAACAAACAUACAAACAAACAUGCUGAGCUGGGGGUGUGGGUGGGGCGCUGCUGACCUCUCUGAAAUGUGCAUUCUUGCUACUCUUAAGCCAUGUACCAUGUGCCUCCCAUGAUGGUUAUCACAUGAUCCUGCAAGCAAGUAUUCCAUUACCAUGCAUUUCAAACCGUUCCCUAUUACUGACUUUUUAUUAUAUUUUUGAUUGCAUCGCCAUAUUAUUAUUAUUAUCAUUAUUAUUAUUAUUAUUAUUCCCAUAUCAAUGACUCCGAUAAAAUUUUUCAUGCCAUUUCCUAACCUCCUUUUACAGGUAAAUAUUGCCAUGAUAUGCAUCCGUUUUUUUGCACAUGCAUUAUGCCAUUGCCUAUAUAUACAUAUAUAUAUCUAUAUAUCUAUAUAUCUAUUUAUAAUUUGAUGAAGGAAUGCUAUUUCUAUUAUCGUCAUGAUAUUUCGGGAUAUUUGUGUCAUGUGUUUUGUUAUGGCCAAUAUAUCAUUACAGGCGAUCAGGGAAAUGAGUUAAGGAGGAAGAAGAAACACAAUCACCACACGACAAACAGGUAAAUGUAGUCACUGAUAUUCCUAGACUAUUAUGACUAUUACAUACAUUGACCAUUUUUCACCGUCCAUGCGGAUGGCAUCGGAGAGAGAGAGAGAGCGAGCGUCGCGCGGCUGUACUGCCCGUUGUUGUUGUUUUCCUUGCCCCCACCGCCGCGCGUUGAUGGAUCUUGCACUACUUCUAGAGAGAGACAAUCUAUUUUUUUAUUUCCAUUUUUUGUCUGUGAGGGUGUUGGCCGUUUGUGCCACCAUCCAGUCAGCGCCCGGCCAGGGUGACGCUGCCCUGAGAGCCUGAGCUGCGGUGUGGAGGUGAACUGUUGCCGAGAUGACCAUUGGUUGUUCUGACGCUGGUCUCCACACCCUGGCCUGGUCUCCAGGAGGCGUACCCCUGGUGGGCGCUGGGUGCUGUGGUGCACACGCUGGGCCACGCCCGCCGGGCCACCCUUUAGUGUGGUGUUUGUCACCUGUUUUCCCUGAGUCAUCGCGAAGGACUUUGGUGCCUCACGUCGCGACGGGUCCCUCGGUACAGCGCUCGCUCUGCGUCCAGCUUUUUAUGAAUUUGCUAAUGCAAGUUCCAUCAUUAUUAUUGCCUCCAUCAAUGCUGGUUUCAAUGACGUUUUUUUACAUGCCACCGUAUUAUUAUUAUUAUGAUUAUUAUUAUUACCAUUUACCAUUGCAAUAUUAUUCCUAUGGUUGUCCCGCCAACACCUACAUUCUGAUUGUCAGUGGUGGAGAGAGGUCCAGCUCAUUCCAAGCCAGGGGGGGUGGGUGGGGGGGUCAGGUCUGGCCAGACCGGCUGUAGGUAUAUCAAGUAGGUUUCUUUAUGUUCUUUGUAAGAAAGAGAAAGUUCGUCUUCUUAGGAUAGUGUCUGUCUCGCCCUUAUAAGCACGCCAACAUAGGACUUUAUAUUUUAACAAAUGGUGAGUUUUUCAUUCACUUCACAUGCGUACCAGGUUUUCCCUUCUUUGUUUUUAUCCUUAUUAUUUAUUCUGUAUUUUUUUGUUUUGUUAUUUUAUACAUUGCUAUGAUAGUGUUCAUUUUCUCACAUUCAUACACACAUACACACACACGCACACACCAAAUUCAUUUCUUUCCAUGCCAAUUUUCGGAGUUCACAGACUUGCUCAAUUGCUGCCUCUGGCCGGUGUACGAUUGAGACGACCAAUAAAUAAAUCUCACGCCAAACCUGUGUCCUUACUGCCCCUCUUAAACCCCCAGCCCCCCUCUCCCUCCCCCACGACGCCCAAACGCCCCCACCAUUGUACGCCCCCUCCCCCUCCCCCCCCGCACUGAGCCCCCCAGCAGACGCCCCCAGUCAGGCUGCCAAUAAAAGUGUUUGCCCACCAGCGUUUUAUUGCGGCGCCUGUUUAGCUUAACAUUAUGUUCCCAUGUACUCUGUUAAUAAAUGUGUUUACCAUGUU